AUGAUCUCUUGCUCAUUCUCCAUUGAAGCAUUCAGUAUCCCCUGCCUCUUCACACUUGCAACCGUCCUUGUACUCACCUUAUUCAUCAUCCGAAAACAGAGGUCCAAAACCGCCGCUCUAAACCUGCCGCCGGGCCCAUGGAAGCUUCCCAUCAUAGGAAACAUCCACCAGAUGGUCGGCGACCAACCCCACCGCCGACUCAGAGAUCUGGCCCGCAAAUACGGUCCCGACGUGAUGCAGCUUCAGCUUGGCGAACUCUCUCACAUCGUGAUCUCAACCCCUGAAGCCGCCAAACUGGUGAUGAAAACCCACGACUUGGCUUUCGCUUCCAGGCCUUCUCUCCUCGCCCCAAACAUACUCUACGAUGGCUGCAAGGACAUAGCUUUCGCGCCAUACGGAGAGUACUGGAGACAGAUGCGCAAGAUCUGCACUCUGGAGCUCUUCAGCGCCAAACGAGUUCAGUCAUUCCGCCACAUCAGGGAAGAAGAGGUGUCCAAUCUCGUGGCUUCUCUGACUCGUUCUGCAGAUGCAGGGGAGCCUGUGGAUCUGACUCGGAUGCUGUUUAAGCUAACGAGUACCGUUACUUCCAGGGCCGCGUUUGGGAAAGUACAGGAGCUAAACGAUGCUUUUCAGAUCGUUCUCGACAACAUUUCGGAUGUCAUUGCAGGUUUCAGAGUCUCUGAUCUUUAUCCUUCCAUCAAAUUCCUCCCUGCCCUCACUGGGUACAGAACAAAACUGCAAAAGAUGCGUAAAGCAUCAGAUUCGGUGUUGGAGCAAAUUAUCGGCGAACACAAGUCAAGAAGAAGGGCGGGAAGAAAAGAUGAUGGCGAAAAAGAGGAUCUUGUCGAUGUUCUUCUGAAUCUUCAAGAAAAACAGGAUCUUGGAAUACCCAUUACAAUGGAAGUCAUAAAAGCGGUGACUUUGGAAUUGUUCCUAGCUGGAAUCGAAACAUCGUUGACGGUAAUAGAAUGGACUAUGUCAGAGAUGAUACAGAAUUCGAGAGUGUUUCAAAGGGCACAAGAAGAGGUCAGGCAAGUGUUAGGUGAGCGAGGAAAAGAUGUUGACGAAUCGCACCUUCAUCUAUUGAAGUACUUGGACAUGGUUAUCUCGGAAGGUUUAAGGUUACAUCCUCCUAUUCCUUUACUUAUUCCCAGAGAAAAUGGUGAGAAGGUGGAGCUCGAUGCAUAUAAUGUCCCAAUCAACACCAAAGUCAUUGUAAAUGCAUGGGCGAUCAAUCGAGAUCCUCGUCAUUGGGCCGAGCCGGAGAAAUUCCAUCCCGAGAGAUUCUUGGACUGCUCGACGGAUUACAAGGGGAAUGAUUUUCAGUUCAUUCCGUUCGGUGCUGGAAGAAGGAUAUGUCCCGGGAUUUCUUUUGGGAUGGCGGUUGUCAAACUGACCCUGGCGAAUCUGCUCUAUCACUUUCGGUGGGAACUUCCGUCCGAAAUGAAACAAGAAGGUAUUGAUAUGACUGAAAGUUUUGGAACGUCACUAAGAAGGAAGAAUGCUCUUCGCUUGAUUCCAGUUUCGUAUGAUGGCUUGACCUAAAUGGAAGUCAAAAUGUAUAACUGAAAGUGAAGAUUCUCAUUACGAGAUCUUCUGCUUCCCCUUUUUCAACUUGUUGCUUGUGAUUUCUUC